CCCUGGAAAUAUUUAAUUAGGCUCUGUCCCGGGCACCGCCCCCAUCCUAUUACAGUAGGGUCCUGAGGGUCCCCGCGUGCGCCCCGCCCCCUCCCCACAGCGUGUUUGGGGGGUUCCCCUGGAUUUUAAGUGGUCUGCAUCUGGUGAGGAGACCCCCGACGGGAACCUCUCGGUUUGCAGCUCAUCGCUGACUCCGUGUCACUCCCGAGAGAGCCAAGUUCUCCCUGUGUCUCCGGGGUCCCCCAGGCCCCCUCGUGAGCUGGCCGCCAGUGCCCCGGCCUUCCUGCGCGACCCUGGCCUUCCCGGAACCCGGCACCCCGGCCGCCCUGCAGCCUCCGAGGGGCGCCUCCUGGCAGGGGCCCCGCGCCCUGCGCCCCCUCUCCAGAGCCAGGGAGGCCGGGUCUGCCCGCGGCGUCCCGUGCACCUGUGCCCGGCGGACGCGCAGCCCCUGGGGGACCUGCGUGGUCCCUGCGGCGGCCUUGGCGCCGGGCACACGACCUGUAAUUCCUGCGGAGAGAGAGCGCCUGCCCGUCCCAGACUCGAGUCUGAGCCCCGUGCACGCUUACAGAAGGAAGCUUCCGAGCCCAGCGGACCUUGUCUCUACCUGGGAGGAGGACCGCAAGUUCAUCCUGCGGGGCUGGUCUCUUGUCUUCAGCAUCCUGGCAACCCUGAUGAUGCUGAGCGUGGUGGAUGGGCGCAUGGCCUACCUGCAGGGCUCCUACACGGGCUACGUGGGCUUCUGGACGGACUGCAGGAGACACAAGUGUGCCAUCCAGGGCCAAGUCACCGUUCUCAUCCACAUGAGCAAGGGCUUCAUGAUGCUGGCCCUGGCCACGUGCCUCGUCCUGCUCCCGGCCAUGGGCAUCUCCUUCUGGCCAGCCUUCCGCCGCCUGAGCAAGGUGGACCUGGUCUUCAGCUCGCUGAGCAUCAGCAUCGGACUCCUGAUUGUGCUUAGCCUGACGCUCUUUGUGGUCAACUGCCAGUCGCUGCACCCCAGGCCACAGGUAUCCUACCUGGUGACCUUCUACCUGAGCUGGUGCGCCAGCGUCUUGAUGCUGUGGGCCGGAGCCCUGUCCUACUUGAACCAAGUGGGCAUGUGGAGCAAGGGCACCUCCAUUAGGCAUCGGCAGGGGAGCUACCGCCGCUGGGCCUUGCAGCAGUGCGUCCUCAGGUUUGAUUCCAAACGCCGGAGGCCGGCCAGGGGCCCCGAGCCUUCCCCGGACCCGCCCACCUCCUGCGCCGUCUAGGGCGGGCCCUCCAGCUUUCUCAGGACGCUGACCAGACGCCGGGCCACGCCCCCAAGAUGUGACCUCCCCGUGAGGCUCCACCCCCUCACAACUGCUCCUUCGGGGACAGGUGGGCCGCCAGGACCCGCCCUGCCCGGCUUUGUCUGCGCCCACUGGGUCCCUAGAGUCCGACACCUCCUCCCCGUCCCUGCCGAAGCUGAGCCCCACGCCGGGCGGCUACUCCGUGGGGCCCCGCCCCCAGGUGCUGGCCCUCGCAGGCCCCACCCCAGAGCUGCUCCCCACCCCUAUCGGGGGCCGCCCACCUCGAAAGUCUUCUCCCGGAGCCCUGCGCUUGUCCCCGGGAGGACGCUGCCCGCCCAGCAUUUAGGGGAGGACAGGCCCCUCCCCUGGAAGGCGUGGCUUGCAACAACACCCCGGCCUCCCCCGACUCAAUAAACUGUGGGUGCUGUCCAA